UUGUAUCUAUUUAUAGAGGCAAAAAAUGAGGCGAAGAGAGAGAGAAAGAGAUAUUGAAAGAGAGAGAGAGAGAGAUGGCGGCCGUCCGGCUUAGUGUAAACGGGACGGGGAAGAAGUGGUGGUUCUGUUCUGACGUUUAAAUUUGGAAGGGCAAAAAGAUUUCCACGGAAAACGAAGCUAAUCUGAAACAAAUACCAGAAGCACAGAGCGCACAACGCUUCUAGGGCUGCGAAUUCCUCUCUGCUCAAAUUUUGUUCCCGUCUCUUUACCUCAAAUCUCCAUUUUUGCCGGGAAAUUUGUUUGUGGAUUUGAAUUAGCAGCCACCUUCAGUUUUCUCCGAGCUAAUCAAUUUCCAGAACUCGCAAUGGAAGGCAUUUUCCUGGUAGGAUUUGAGCUUCGUUUGGCGGCAUUCAUUUUUAACCGAGCUGCUAGCAAUGAACCGAAGUUUUAUUUGUAACCUGCUGGAAAUUUGUCUUUUUUUAUUUAUUUGUUUUUCGAGUAUUCGCCGAGGGAAGUAUUGGAGUUUUGAUUUAUUUGAAGAAAAUACGAUUCUCGAGUAUGGUAGAAAUCUGGUAGAAUUGAGGGUUUACUAGACCCGUAUUAGUGGUCAAUGGAUUCUGGGGAUUCUCCCCCAUCGGCCAGCGAGAUAAAAUGCUGUGACCGCGACUGCGAUUGCAACGAGUCUUCGAUGAUGGAGAAUUCUCCUUCAGGGACGUGUAUUCAGGCUGUGAAGCGCAAAUGUAAUGAGUUUGAGGAAGAAACCUGCCUCUCCACCCAAGGGGUCGUUGUGCCCCAAAAUGCCCGUGUCGAGAUAGGAAAUGAAUGUACAGCACUCCGUCAGAUGGUGAUCAGCCAGCAGCAGACCAUUGAGGACCUAAUUUCUGAGUUGGAGGAGGAGAGGAAUGCUGCAUCCACGGCUGCCAAUGAAGCACUCUCAAUGAUUCUGAGGCUUCAGAAGGAUAAAGCGGAGAUUCAGAUGGAAUUAAGGCAGUUUAAGAGGUUCGCAGAAGAGAAAAUGGCUCAUGAUCAGCAGGAGACGUUGGGAUUAGAGGAUAUGUUGUAUAAGAGGGAGGAGGCCAUACAGUCACUUUCAUGUGAGAUUGAGGCCUAUAGACACAGGAUGAUGAGUUAUGGGCUCUCAGAGACUGAAGUUGAUGGAGUUGUCCAGGCCAUGAGCCGGAAUUACAGCAUGAUUGAGGACAUGGAAGGUCAAUUUGACUAUGUAAAUGAUAUGUACCCCCCUCUCAAGUGCAAUUUGAAUGAAUCACAGGCUUAUCCAGUUGGUGAUGAUGAAAUUCCUGAUAUUGAGAAAUAUGCAUUUGGGGAAACUCCGCAUUCUGGCGACCAAUUAAAGGAUUUGGAGUGUCGAAUCAAUCAACUGGAGAAAAGUCCAAGAGCCAUUUAUCCUGAUGGUGAAUUUGUUAAUGCAAAAAAUGUGCUUGAAAAAGUAGUAGUUGGCCAUUCUCCAAGAGCCUCCAGGAAGUUCUGUACUGAAGGCCCCAAUUCACCUUUUGCAAUGGCUAAAGAAAAGGGCCAGUAUUAUUCUCCAAGGUUUGCCGGCAGUUUCAAGAAGUCAGUAUUUUCCUAUAUUGAGGAGAAUCCUAGGAAGGCGGAUAAUGCAUCAGAAUAUGGAGAUGAAAUGUGCGACAGAGUCUGCACAAUUGAUUCUGUUCAACAUGGACCUUGCAAUAAUCAACCAAUGAGUUGCAAUGCUUCUUUUGGUGUUGGUGGUGAUGAAUAUAUGGGAACUCCGAAGGAGUUGAAUUAUUCCAGUGCUAGAGACCUAGAGAUUCAAAAGUUAUAUGCAAGACUUCAUUCUCUUGAGGCUGAUAGAGAGUCUAUGAGACAAGCAAUUAUUUCUAUGGGGACUGAGAAAGCACAAGUAGUACUGUUGAAGGAGAUAGCACAGAACUUGUGCAAAGAAAUGUCUCCAAAGAAUAUGCCCAUGAGGAAGCAACCGGAGACUAGGAAAUUUACCUUCAUGUCGAUAUUCAAGGUAAUGCUGAUAACGAUAUUUGACAUUAUUUCUGUUUGUACCUUAAAAUAUGAAUGUUCAUUCAUGUCUCUCCAUAAUGUAACUCUAUGUUUUGGCAUGAUCUGCCAGUUCUGUGUUAAGCUGCAUUGUCUUCUGUUACCACCACUGAUCAAAUAGGCAUUUAGUUAGACAGUAGAUCUGGUUGUAUUUGUACACUUCAGGGUGAUGCAGAGACCAGGUAUGCCCUAUCCCUCCAAGAGAACUAGACUUUCAUCAUGCUCUUUACUACAAAUUUUGCCCUAUUGGUAGUGCAGUACAUACUGUAUAUUUCUCUCUUUAGUAAAAUUUCCUCCUAGUUGAGCCUUACCAGUUGAUAUCAUGCUUUUUGAGUUUUCAAUUGUUGGGGUAAAUCAUCAGAAAAAAUAAUAAUUUCUCGUUUAUUUGAUGUAUCAUUUUGCUCUCCUUGGUCUCAUCUCAUCUCAUCAGUGUCUUGUUAUACAACUCCAGUUUUGGGAUAUUUACAACAUAUUGAUGAAUUAAGGAGUUCACAAACUGUUUUAGUAAAAAGCCAACUUUCUAUAUUUCUCUUUGGACCAUAUUAAGAAGUUUUGAAUCCAUUCAUUAGUGUAGUGAUUAUUAUUUGCCCCGUCUUAUAUUACUAAUGCCUUUUGAAUAUUAGAUUAUCUUGCUCAUCCCAAGAUUAUGUUAUUUCAUUAACUGCUGUCAAUUUUUUCCUUCCUUUCCUUUUCAGUGGAUUGUUCCUAUUUUUAGCUGGAGGAAAAGAGGACGAAGGGCCAGGUAAGUUCAUAUCCAUCAAACUCUAACCGAUUGUCUUUUGGUGCAUUUAACCUUGGUGCUCAAAUGCUAGUUUUCUCUUUACCCAUUGAAAUUAUUUGCCACUAAGUGAAGCUGCCUAUUUGCUUCACCUCUGACAUUAAGUAUAAAUCAUACAUUACCUGGAUACUCGAGACAAGCUCUGAAUAUAGAGCUUUACUGAACAAGAGGAUUAAAAGAGAUUUUGUACUGAUGCUCCAAAAAGUUGUUGCACUUGAUUCUAGAGAGAGCAAAUGUGCUUAUGAAAGUAUUCUUAUUUCCUCAGGUACAUGUUCGGUUUAUCAGCCAACAACAUUGGCAUGUUAGUGCUUUUAGACCGAAGCCCUCGUGUGGGGUUAUGGAGGCAUCAAUUCAUUACAAACAUGUAAAACUUAAACGGAAUGCUCUGUAAUCAUUCUGUGAUGUCUAUGAUCAUCAAUAUGGAUAUAGUUUUUUCUUGAAGUCUUAGUUGCAGCUGGAUUGAUCGGGUUCUUGAUAGCCAUUGUUUGCACUUUACUUGCAUUCUUUGUUUUAGUGAUGUGGUCAGUUGCCAAAUAUAUGAAAAACGUCUAUCCUUAGCAAAGGCGUGUCUCUUAGCUGCUUCUCUUCUGUGUAUAUCGAUCAACUCUCAAGUUUAUUGUUUGCUAAAUAAACGAUUUUUCCCACCCUUGUUUA